AUGGCCUCCUCUUCCGCCGCCUCGUCGAGCGUCGACGUCACGGGCUUCGACCCACAGCCCAAAAGCCCCCUGUUCAGCGUCCUCCCCGGCGAGGUCCGCAACGACAUCUUUGCCCUGGCGCUCAUCCAGUACGACAACGACGACGACGCCUCCGCGUACCCGGAGGACUCGUACUGGUACCGGCCGGGGUUCCGGGGGCCGAGGCGCAGCAGCAGCAGCCUCCUCCGGACGUGCAAGCUGGCCUACGCCGAGGGCCAAAAGGUGUUCCUUAGGGAGCAGGAGUUCGCGUUCUGGUUCGACCGCGGCCCCGAAGGACGGACGGGCAACGACAGCUGCGAGCGCUUCUUCCUCGGGCUCACGGCGGAGCAGUCGCGCGACCUGCGGCGGGUGCGGUUCUUCGCGCAGAUGUUCUGGCUCGAGGGGGGCGACAACCUCGCGUUCCUCUUCUCGCAGCCGCGGUUCCGGCCCGAGUCCCUGACGGUGACGGUGCGGUACUCGGACUGGUGGCACUGGGAGCACGACGCGCCGCUGCGCAUGCGGGAGGACUGGCUGCGCGGGUUCCGGGGGCCGCCGGGCCUGCGGGAGCUGCGGGUCGAGUACGAGACGCUGGCGGGCAAGAGGGACGAGAUGAUGGCCAUCGUGGAGCGGAACAAGAGGUGGAAGCUCGCCGUCGGCGGGAGGCGGAGCGUGGAGUGGGACGAGGACGGGGUGGAGGAGGAGGUGUGGGACGAGGACGAGGGCGGGUACCUGAGCGCCGAGCAGACGGCGCUGGAGGAGUGGAGGUGGACGGGGACGAGCCGGCUGGGGGGCAGGGAGUGGGAGCACCACGGGGAGGGGGACACGGUCGAGUACGUCGUCGUCACGGACACGUGGAGGUUCGUCGAGGGGGCCAUGAGCGAGGCGGACCGGGAGGGGCGCUUCGAGCAGCGCCUGGACCGGGAGCGCAACAUCUACCGCACCGCGGACUACGACGUGGCGCGCGAGAUACGGGACAGGAGGCUCCGCGCCCUGGCCGCCCGGCGCGAGGUGUUUCUCCACGAGGAGGCCCAGCGCGAGCUCCGCGCCGCGGCCUUCCAGCGCGGCAUGGCGCGCCGCUAA